GCGUUGCAAGCGCGAUUUGGGGCGGGAGCGGGAAAACGAAAAUGACAGCGCGAAGGUUUUCCCGCUCAACGAAAAACACUGCCCACUCUCAACUCAAUCUCAGUGCCCCUUGUAUCUAUAAUAAGUUAAUAACAAUAGCUGAAUCCCACAACUACCUCCAUUUUCCAUACCCUCUCUUUUCAAUCCCCAAUCUCACUUCUCCCGCCAAGGUCCACCGUUACUUUCUCAGGCUUUAGAUUUGUGCUUCUACAAGAACCUUCCAACAAAUAUCAUUCUCUCAGUUUCAUAGUUCAUAUCGCCAUGCCUGCAAUUGCUGAUCCUAACACCCACAAGCGCAAGUUAAGAUCUUACGCGCCGCCACGCGCCGAAUCUCCUUCCCCUUCCCCACCGAAAUGGAAGUCGCCCCGCCCAUCUGCUAUUGCCAGCCCCCAUUCUGCUGCAAAUGGUAAUGAAAUUGUUGCUGAUGAAAAUCAAGGUGUAUUGCGGAAACCUGACCUUGUGAAAUCCCUUUGGAAUCUGAAAGAUGGUGAGCAAUUGAGAGUGGUGAAGGAGGCAUUGCACCUUGCAACUGCACCUUCUGCGGUUGUGUGUCGAGAAGAGGAGCAGGAUAUGGUUUUGGGGUUCUGCAAAUCCUGCAUUGAGCAUGAGAAGGCUGGGAGCUUGUACAUAUGCGGGUGCCCCGGAACUGGAAAAUCGUUGUCUAUGGAGAAAGUGAAAGAGGCUUUACUCAAUUGGGCAAAAGAGGGAGGUUUUCCACUGCCAGAUGUUUUGUCAGUAAAUUGUACAUCCCUUGCCAAUACAUCAGAUAUUUUCACCAAGAUACUUGGGUUAAGCCCUUCACGGGGAAGAAGGGUUUUGGCAACACCCUUGCAACAACUUCAGAACAUGUAUUCACAGAAAUCUUCUACCAGGAAUAUGAUGUUGAUAGUUGCUGAUGAGUUAGAUUACCUAAUAACCAGAGACCGGGCUGUGCUCCAUGACCUUUUUAUGCUUACCACCUUCCCAUUUGCCAGAUGUAUAUUAAUAGGGGUAGCAAAUGCUAUUGACCUAGCUGAUCGAUUUCUUCCAAGGCUUACAUCUCUAAAUUGCAAGCCUACUGUUGUAACUUUUCGUGCCUACUCUAAAGAUCAAAUCCUUAGGAUUCUUGAAGAAAGGCUAAAUGAACUUCCUUACACUGUCUUUCAACGUCAAGCACUAGAACUAUGUGCUAGGGUAAGUCCAUUUGUCAAUGUCUCUGCAAGUUUACAUUUGCUGUUGUCCUGUAAUGCCUUUAUUCUGAAUUUGUUCCUUUUGCAGAUUAUACUUUGCUCGUCCAUGAAACAUUUCUGUGGAUCUAAGAAAGAUACAAUCCUUGGAGAGCUGUAUAAAUCUUACUCUGAGUUAUGCAAAUCAUCAUUGAUUCCCCCAACAGGAAUCUUGGAAUUCUCAAACAUGUGCAGAGUGCUUAAUGACCAGGGGCUCAUUAAACUAGGACCAUCACGAGAGGAUAAAUUGAAAAGGGUAACACCAAAAGUUGACGAGGCUGAUAUUACAUUUGCAUUGCAGGGAAUCCGAUUUUUUAGAAAUUGUCUUCAAUGAUCCACUCAUGAUUGGUGAUUUUGGUUUAGCAUGAUGUGAGACAGUAGAUAAUUAGUUUUAUGUUCUCCACUCCAUAGAUAAAAGAUUAUUUCAUUAUAUAUGAAAUUGCUUGGAAGUUGGGAAGAAUUUUCAGCUGACAAGCAACAGUUGUGAUAAGAUAUUCAGAUUAUUUGUUUUCCUAGAGAGCAAUGCAAGCAGAGGAAGAAAGCAUGAUUUUAUCUCUGGUUUUAUUCAAAAUUUUGGAAGCUUAGUUACAACAUUAAACUUAUUCUUUUCUCAUCAACAAUAAAAGCUAAAUAGCCUUGCUGGUAAGGGGGGUGUAGUUACAUAGGUCAGAAUUUAUCACCCCAUUAAAUGAUUCUUUUCUCAACUUGAAAUUUCAAAAUUGUCAAUGAAGGUUUAGUAAUAUCUGAUUUUGUUAUCCUGAGAUAUUCGAAAGGUGAUUACCAUCGUCUAUGUUUUACGUUC